AUGCCAGCUGUUCCCGAGAGGCAGGGUUUGGACAGGUCUCCGCCGGCGUCGAGUCCGCUACGACUGCCGGUGGAGGACCUUGAUGAUACAGACAGCUCAGCCUUGGACGAGGACCACGUGGAUGUUGAAGCACCGUCCUCAGCAGAGGAGGGCGCGCACUUCGGUCAGAGCCUUCAGAUCGACAUGAAGACGCUCGUGGGCGAUGCAGUGGGCAAUAUUAGCAUCAGCCCAUCCUCGAGGGACCUUGUUCUUGCUGCACGCCGCGGCCUGUUCAUCAUUGAUUUGGAAGCACCGCUUGAAGUACCCCGUUUCCUGCCUCAGGGAGGGACAUGGGAUGUCGCAGACGUGCAAUGGAGCCCUCAUACGGCUCGCUCAGAAUAUAUAGUCUCCACUUCUAGCGAGAAACUGCUAAUAUGGAAUCUCAUGUUGCAAGGGAAGACGUCAAUACAGCACGUACUGCACUCGCACUACCGUGCUAUCACGGAUAUAAACUGGCACACGAGCGAGUACGACACCGUCAUCAGCACCGGCAUUGACUCCUGGUUAUGGGCGUGGGAUCUGCGCCAACCUCGGAAGCCAAGCAUAGGUCUUUGCGCUUUUCAUGGACUUUCAGCGGGCGGAGGGACGCAUGUCAAGUGGAAUCGCCACGACCCCAACGUCAUCGCAUCUGCGCACACGAACGAGGUUCUCAUCUGGGAUCGCAGAAAUGGCUCUUUACCAACCGCACGCAUACCCGCCCACAGAUCGAAAAUUUACGGACUAGAUUGGUCCCACACUGCACGGAAUGAACUCGUCACCUGCUCACUCGACCGCACUAUCAAGUUCUGGGAUAUCAACUGCCUCUCAGACACGCCCGGCGUUCAAUCGUCUGAGGCAAAGGCGACUAUUCACACCUCGUACCCGGUCUGGCGAGCGAGGAACUUGCCUUUUGGCGAGGGUGUGAUGAGCUUGCCUCAGCGAGGGGGGACUGCGCUGGAACUGUACGCGAGGGAUAACUUGGAAGAGCCUAUCGAAGCGUUUGAAGGCCAUACAGAUGUUGUCAAGGAGUUCGUGUGGCGCAAUGGCGAACAGGAUGACUUCCAGCUUAUAACUUGGUCGAAGGAUCGUACCCUGCGCUUCUGGCCUGUUGACCAUGAAACACUACAUCGCGUCGGUCAUGUAUUUGGCGAGAACAGGGGUCGCACAGGCAAGCGCCCCUCGCUCGACGUCCAAAGCUACCGGGACGUCACCUUCCGCGGCCCCACCGAGACCACACCGCAAUCCAUGCUCUCUGCCCCCAUCGGCAACCGCUCCAUCCUCGCCGAAGUGCGAGCCCUCCCGCCCAGCAUGACCACCACCUCCGCUCCAGUGGUCCUCGGUGGUGGCGCGGAGAAACCCACCAGCGCCCACGGACGCAUCUCCAACACGCGCCACGUUCCCAUCCCCCACACCAUCGCGAGCCUGAAGAAGACGGGGACGAUGAGCAAGGGGAGCGUGACGGGGAAGUCGGUCGCGACGCAGAUGGAUGCGUUCACUUGGCUGUCGAAGGUGCGGGUGGGUGGGAGGAGGGGGAGUAGUUCGGGGCGGGGGAGCGAUGUGAGCCCGAGUGGGUCUCAGUCGAGGCCGGCGUCGGCGGUGAGGGGGAGGAGUAUCAAUCGGAUCGAGAGCGAUAGCGAGGACGAGAAGGAGGAGCAGUCGCUGGCGGAUGAGAUCCUGUCCGUCGUCAAGAAGCUGGCAGAGCACAAAAUUAAGCUGGAGAAGGCCGACCUGACUAAGAAGCGCACCUGCACUCUAGGCUUGCACGGCCCUUGGGGCGAGAAGUCGUCUGUCUUUCUCCGUGUCACCUUCACCUUUCCGAAGGACUACCCACACGCCCAACAUCCGGGCGGCACCCCAAGCGUUGAAGUCGAGCGCAGUCCUUUGAUCUCGAUGAAGGACUACGUUUUCAUCCUCCGCCGCUUGCGGACAAUCCGACAGCACCGGAGACCUUGCCUAGAGGCUUGUUUGCGCUUCCUCCUGUUCGCCAGGGAGGACGAGCAUGCUCGGGGGCCACUGUAUCCUGACUCGGAAUCGUCGUCAGAUGAGGACGAAGCUGGGAAGUCGAGGGAUGUGACGGUAUCUUUGUUGCGGAACAAUAAGAACCUGACAGAGCCGAGGACACUGCAGGGCGCUUUCGGGCCCAAUGGAGAGCUCGUCUGCUUCUUCCGCGCGCCUCCCCGCAUCGUCCGCACCCUCAUGCCCGACGUCUCCGGCUCCCCCGACGAGACAGGAAAGGUCACUCCAAAGCUCUUCAAGCACCCCGCCCUCAUCUUCGACGCCGUCGACCGCCUGGGCAGCUUCACCCCCGAGCGACCCAGUAAGCCCUACCCCCGCCGGCCUGGUCGGGGGGAGGCCGACAACAUUGCGCGCAUCAUGACGAACCUGCUCACUUUCUCCCCCUUACAAUACCGCCCCGAGCUCGCGUCGCACGCCGAGGACCAGCCACAGAGCUAUGUGCUGCCGAUGCGGCGGAGCACGAUCGCGGUGACGAACACAAUGGGGCUGGCGGGGCCGGAGAGGAAGGUGGCGGUGGAUUAUGUGUUUUUGGGAGACUCGUUGGAGGAUGUGUGUAGAGCGAAUGCGGAGGCGGCGAGGGUGCAUGGGAGGUAUGAUCAUCAGAGGGUGUUUGAGGCGCUUGCGGCGUUGUUUCCGGCGUUGGAAGACGAGAAUGGACCGCAUAGGUAUAAGAAGAUGAGCGCGGCGCAGCAGGUAGUGAUGAAGUACUUCGAAGAUUUCUGCGUUGCGAAAGACGUGCAAAUGCUGGGGAUGCUGUCGUCUGUCAUCCUCCAGGCAUUCGACCAUCACCAGCUCGGGGCAAUACAGCCGAAAUCCCCAGUGACCGCUAUGCACACUCGUCGCUCAACCCCUCUGUCGGCCAACGUUGCCAAUCUGGACUACUUUACCACCCGACGUUCGCGUACGAGUCCUCACUCUCCACCUUGGCAUCGGUCCGGGAACGAUUCCCCUUCGCGCAAUUUCAUCAACGCUGCGAUUUCCUCCUCCAACUCAUCUCGUGGCUCAUGGUCCAGUCUCUUCAAUACUGGCACAAUGCGGCAGUACCUUGCAGGCGUGCAAGAUACCCUCCGCGAAGGCCUCGCCACCCCUUCGACCGACACCCUCCCACCUACGCCCAAACUUCCGCCCACGCCUACCACACCCUUAACUCCUCGACCAACAAUCCCCGUCCCAACUAGCAAAGUACUUCGCGGGCCCGACUCGCCCAUCCCUCGAGCUCGGAGGCCACGGCAGAACUCGAUCCUCGCCCCACUGAACGAGCCGAUGUCGAAGUCUUGGAACGAGUCGUUCUUCGGGUCGAAUCCAGGACCUUCACCGCCGGUAGUGCAGUCCUCAUACUCGUCGGCGGGGUCUGGGAAUAACAGGGUAGGGCAGCGCUCGAGGCGGCCGACGUUCUCGAGGGUGCCGCCGCCGAAGACGAUAACGACGGUGACGGAGAAGCGGUUGGUGUUCAAGGAGGAGAUGAUGCUGGCGGAGGGGAGGUGA